AUGGCGCACGCUGGCGGCGGAGGUCCUGCGGGCCGUGGGCUCAGCGGCGCCCGCUGGGGUCGCUCGGGCUCCGGGGGUCACGAAAAGACCCCGGCCCACCGGCGCGCCCGCUCCCCUCAGGUGGAGGACGCGCUCACCUACCUGGACCAGGUGAAGAUCCGCUUCGGCAGCGACCCCGCCACCUACAACGGCUUCCUGGAGAUCAUGAAGGAGUUCAAGAGCCAGAGCAUCGACACUCCUGGAGUCAUCAGACGUGUGUCCCAGCUCUUCCAUGAGCACCCUGACCUCAUCGUGGGAUUCAACGCCUUCCUUCCCCUUGGAUACAGAAUAGACAUUCCUAAGAACGGCAAGAUAAACAUACAGUCACCUCUGACGAGCCAGGAGAAUGCACGUGGCCACGGUGACGGUGCAGAGGACUUGAAGCCGCAAGCGCCGUACAAAGAGGACAAGACCCAGGUGCCGCUGGAGUCGGAUUCUGUGGAGUUCAACAAUGCCAUCAGCUAUGUGAACAAAAUCAAGACCCGCUUCCUGGACCACCCGGAGGUGUACAGGUCCUUCCUGGAGAUCCUGCACACGUACCAGAAGGAACAGCUGCACGCCAAGGGCCGUCCGUUCCGUGGCAUGUCGGAGGAGGAGGUCUUCACAGAGGUGGCCAACCUCUUCCGUGGUCAGGAGGACCUGCUGUCCGAGUUUGGGCAGUUCUUGCCUGAGGCUAAGCGCUCGCUGUUCACGGGCAGUGGGCCGUGUGAAGUGAGCAGUACCCCGAAGAGCGAGCAUGAGAAGGGGCUGGAGCACAGCAAGAAGCGCUCGCGGCCCUCGCUGCUUCGGCCUGUGUCCGCGCCCGCCAAGAAGAAGGUAAAGCUUCGGGGCACCAAGGACCUGUCGCUGGCUGCUGUGGGCAAGUAUGGGACGCUGCAAGAAUUCUCCUUCUUUGACAAGGUGCGCCGGGUGCUGAAGAGCCAGGAGGUCUACGAGAACUUUCUGCGCUGUAUUGCGCUUUUCAACCAGGAGCUGGUGUCAGGGGCUGAGCUCCUGCAGCUUGUCAGCCCAUUCCUGGGGAAGUUCCCAGAGCUCUUCGCGCAGUUCAAGUCCUUCCUGGGGGUGAAGGAGCUGUCGUUUGCACCACCGCUGAGUGAGCGCUCCGGGGACGGCAUGGGCCGUGAGAUCGACUAUGCUUCCUGCAAGCGCAUUGGCUCCAGCUACCGGGCGCUGCCCAAGACUUACCAGCAGCCGCGCUGCAGCGGGAGGACCGCCAUCUGCAAGGAGGUUUUGAACGACACUUGGGUCUCCUUCCCCUCCUGGUCAGAGGACUCCACCUUUGUCAGCUCCAAGAAGACGCCGUAUGAGGAGCAGCUGCACCGCUGCGAGGAUGAGCGGUUUGAGCUGGACGUGGUCCUGGAAACCAACCUGGCCACCAUCCGCGUGCUAGAGAGUGUGCAGAAGAAGCUGUCGCGCAUGGCGCCUGAGGACCAGGAGCGCUUCCGGCUGGAUGAUGCGCUGGGCGGCACGUCCGAGGUGAUCCAGCGGCGGGCCAUCCACCGUAUCUAUGGUGACAAGGCCCCCGAGAUCAUUGAGAGCCUGAAGAAGAACCCUGUUGCCGCCGUGCCUGUUGUCCUAAAGAGGUUGAAAGCCAAGGAGGAGGAGUGGCGCGAGGCGCAGCAGGGCUUCAACAAGAUCUGGCGUGAGCAGUAUGAGAAGGCCUACCUCAAGUCGCUGGACCACCAGGCCGUGAACUUCAAGCAGAACGACACCAAGGCGCUGCGCUCCAAGAGCCUGUUGAAUGAGAUUGAGAGCGUCUAUGACGAGCACCAGGAGCAGCACUCGGAGGGCCGCAGCGCCCCAGCCAGCGAGCCACACCUGAUCUUUGUGUAUGAGGACCGGCAGAUCCUGGAGGAUGCAGCGGCACUCAUCAGCUACUAUGUGAAGCGGCAGCCGGCCAUCCAGAAGGAGGACCAGGCCACCAUCCAGCAGCUGCUGCACCGCUUCCUGCCCGGCCUCUUCUCGCAGCAGCAGCAGCCUGAGCCGGGCGCCUCUGAUGACUCCACUGAUGAGAACGGCCCGGCCUCUGACCCUGGCAGUGGGGCUGGCACACGAAAGAAGCUGGGGCCUGGGCUGCAGGGUGGCGCCACUGAGGACAAGGACAAGGGCACCGCUGCAGACGUGCCACCGCAGGAGCAGCCCGUGCCACCACCGCCGCCGCCGCCGCCACCGCCACAGGCCCUGGACGACGUGUACAGCCUGUUCUUUGCCAACAACAACUGGUAUUUCUUCCUGCGGCUGCACCAGACGCUGUGCGCACGGCUGCUGCGGAUCUACCGGCAGGCGCAGACGCAGCUACUGGAGCACCGCCGUGAGAAGGAGCGUGCACGGCUGCUGUGCGGUGGCCGGCGAGAGAAGGGUGGUGACCCUGCCAUGGAGCUGCGCCUCAAGCAGCCCAGUGAGGUGGAGCUGGAGGAAUACUACCCAGCCUUCCUGGACAUGGUGCGCAGCCUGCUGGAGGGCAGCAUCGACCCCACGCAGUACGAGGACACUCUGCGCGAGAUGUUCACCAUCCAUGCCUAUAUCGGCUUCACCAUGGACAAGCUGGUGCAGAACAUCGCGCGCCAGCUGCACCACCUGGUGAGUGACGAUGUCUGCCUGAAGGUGGCCGAGCUGUACCUGAGUGAGAAGAAGCGUGGCGCAGCCGGUGGGAACCUGGCCUCCCGGUGUGUGCGCGCUGCCCGUGAGACCAGCUACCAGUGGAGGGCGGAGCGCUGCAUGGCUGACGAGAACUGCUUCAAGGUGAUGUUCCUGCAGCGCAAGGGCCAGGUGAUCAUGACCAUCGAGCUGCUUGACACCGAGGAGGCCCAGACUGAGGACCCUGUGGAGGUGCAGCACCUGGCCCGCUACGUGGAGCAGUACGUGGGGACCGAGGGUGCCUCUGGCUCACCUACCGAGGGGUUUCUGCUGAAGCCCGUGUUCCUACAGAGGAAUCUGCGCAAGUUCCGGCGCUGGCAGUGUGAGCAGGUACGCGCCCUGCGUGGCGAGGCCAAGAGCCCCUGGCGGCGGCUGGUGGGCGUGGAGAGCGCGUGUGACGUGGACUGCCGCUUCAAGCUCAGCUCCCACAGGAUGGUGUUCGUGGUUAACUCCGAGGAUUACAUGUACCGCCGCGGCACCCUCGGCCGGGCCAGGCAGGUGCAGCCCCUGGUGCUGUUGCGCCACCACCGGCACUUUGGGGAGUGGCACAGUCGCUGGCUGGAGGACAAUGUGACAGGCGAGGCGGCUGGGCUGGUACAGGACUGGCUGAUGGGCGAGGAGGACGAGGACAUGGUGCCCUGCAAGACGCUGUGCGAAGCUGCCACUGUGCACGGGCUGCCUGUGACCCGCUACCGUGUGCAGUACAGCCGCCGUCCCGCCUCCCCCUGAGCCUCGGGCUCCCAAGUGUCCUGGGGCUGAGUCUUUGGCUGGAAUCCGAGGGCCUCGCCGUGCCAUGCGAUUGGUCAGAAUGGGGCCUUGUGCAGAGGCACACGUUUACUCCUGUCACACGUGGUGGGCUCUGCCAGAGCAGAAGCCAGGCCCUGGCCUCCCCGCCUCUACCGGGCCGCAGGUCGCUCAGGCACGCGAGGGAGGCCUUCACUGCCACUGAGAGCCGGGCGAUGGCUGCGGCGACGGGCCUGUGCUCAGCCCCCUCCUGGCAGAGCUGUGCCAAAUGGCACCCGCAGCUGCCCACGUCACUGGACACCCCUCCUGUCCUGGGAAGCUGGUGGGCGGGGACAUGGGUGACGCCAAGCCCCGCAUGCUUCUCGGGCGCCUGUUCAUUUUGAGAAUUUCUGUUCUGGCCUUGAUGUCCCUUCACAGCUGUUUUGAAUGUAGUUUUCCUUUUCUAUUUAUUUGCACAUUA